AUGAACUCUGAGCCGAAGAGUCGUGUGAAGCCGUCAUCCUGUGUGUGUUUCUCCUCCCUCACACCUUGCUUAGCUCUGGGUCCAGGAGAGGGUCCAGGGGAGGGUCCGGGGGAGGGUCUGUGGGGGUCUGUGGGGGUCCGAGGGGGUCUGGAGGUCAGCACAGAGACCACAGACCUGGGACUGGGGGCAGUGGUGGACGACCUCGGGCCCCUGCACUUCUCCCUGGGCGGCCCCGACCCCUCCUGCUCCUCCCCCAAUGCGAGCUGGCUUCGCUACAUCCGCUGUGCGCCGAGCUUCCAGCAGCAGAACAUGGUGGCCUGUCACCUGACGGGGGACCAGCGAUAUAACCGCAUGAAAAAGUACAACAUGACCCUUCCUGACGCUGUACUGGCUUUCAAGUUCCUGGACACGGCAUGUCUGGAGGAGAAAAGCAGACAGCUGGCAUUGACUGCGUGUACGGAGCUGACUUUUGCAUCAAUGAAGUCCGCAUUAAAACGCAUAUUCGGAGGAAAAACAGCAUGUGGGACAAACGCCAUCGAGGAGAUUCAACAUGGUGCAUUUUUCACGGAGCAACGGCCCAAUGUGAAAUUCAAACGUAGCAAUGGCUCGUCCCAGAGCGGAUAUCAGCGGCAGCAGCAAGGAACGAAUCCAUUUGACAAUUUAGCCACGCAUCUGCAGAAAGACUUCAGAAGCUCAUUCAAAGCUCUGGAAACACUGAUCAAGACUGCCCCAUCAUUCCUGCAGGAGAUCAUUCGUGACUGUGAGAUCUGCCAAAGAUACAGCAGGUCCAAGCCAAAGCCUGCUGUUGGUCUGCCAUUAGCCUCACAGUACAAUGAGACAGUGGCUAUGGAUCUUCAUGAGCUGGAGCCUGGCGUAUGGUACCUCCACAUGAUCGAUCAUUUUACACGUUUCAGCGCUGGAAACAUUGUGAGGACCAAGAAACCUUCGGAGAUAGUCAACUCGUUCAUUCACUCGUGGAUAAGUGUCCACGGCGCACCAAAACGGAUCUACACAGACAACGGCGGGGAGUUUAACAAUGCGGAGAUACGAGACAUGGCAGAGAACUUCAAUAUUGAGACUAAGACAACAGCUGGAUACAGUCCCUGGAGCAACGGACUGUUGGAGAGACACAACAUGACACUAACUGAAAUCCUUCUAAAGGAUGAGGUUCUCGAGCUCGUCGGCCGAGCGCAGGAGAAAGGCGGCGGACUCCCUGUAGCCUGCGAUCAGCUGACGCACGGCCCCUUCGCGGAGCUGCAGACGGACAUCCAGGAGCUCACCAACGACAUGGACGGAGUCAAGAUCCCCUUUUUGGAAUAUCGUAACUACACGAUGAGAGUCAUGUUCCCGGGAAUCGAGGAGCACCCGGUCCUCAAGGAACUGGAUUCUCCUGCUAACGUGGAGAAGGCGCUGCGUCUGUUCUCUCAACUCCUGAACAAUAAGAUGUUUUUGUUGACGUUCAUCCACACGCUGGAAGGUCAAAGGUCCUUCUCCAUGAGGGACCGCGGGAACGUGGCGUCGCUGCUCAUGGCCGCGCUGCAGGGUCGAAUGGAAUAUGCGACUGUGGUUCUGAAGCAACUUUUGGCCGAUCUGAUCGAGAAGAAUCUAGAGAACAAGAACCAUCCCAAACUGCUGCUCCGCCGGACUGAGUCUGUGGCUGAGAAGAUGCUGACGAACUGGUUCACUUUCCUCCUGCAUCGCUUCCUAAAGGAGUGUGCUGGAGAGCCCCUGUUCAUGCUGUACUGUGCCAUAAAGCAGCAGAUGGAGAAGGGGCCGAUAGACGCCAUCACGGGGGAGGCUCGCUACUCCCUCAGCGAGGACAAGCUCAUCCGACAGCAGCUCGACUACAAACAACUGCGCGGUCCUCUCUCCCCCUGUCCCUCUCUCCUCCUGGUCCUCUCCUCCUGUUCCUCCCGGUCCUCUCCUUGCCGCUGCCCUCUCUCCUCCUGCUCCUCCUGGUCCUCUCCCCCUGUCCCUCUCUCGUCCUGGUCCUCUCCUCCUGCUCCUCCUGGUCCUCUCCCCAGUCCCUCUCUCGUCCUGGUCCUCUCCUCCUGCUCCUCCUGGUCCUCUCCCCAGUCCCUCUCUCCUCCUGCUCCUCCUGGUCCUCUCCCCAGUCCCUCUCUCGUCCUGGUCCUCUCCUCCUGCUCCUCCUGGUCCUCUCCUCGCCGCUGCCCUCUCUCCUCCUGCUCCUCCUGGUCCUCUCCCCCUGUCCCUCUCUCCUCCUGCUCCUCCUGGUCCUCUCCUCAGUCCCUCUCUCGUCCUGGUCCUCUCCUCCUGCUCCUCCUGGUCCUCUCCCCAGUCCCUCUCUCGUCCUGGUCCUCUCCUCCUGCUCCUCCUGGUCCUCUCCUUGCCGCUGCCCUCUCUCCUCCUGCUCCUCCUGGUCCUCUCCCCCUGUCCCUCUCUCCUCCUGCUCCUCCUGGUCCUCUCCCCCUGUCCCUCUCUCCUCCUGCUCCUCCUGGUCCUCUCCCCUUGUCCCUCUCUCCUCCUGCUCCUCCUGGUCCUCUCCUCAGUCCCUCUCUCGUCCUGGUCCUCUCCUCCUGCUCCUCCUGGUCCUCUCCCCAGUCCCUCUCUCGUCCUGGUCCUCUCCUCCUGCUCCUCCUGGUCCUCUCCUUGCCGCUGCCCUCUCUCCUCCUGCUCCUCCUGGUCCUCUCCCCUUGUCCCUCUCUCCUCCUGCUCCUCCUGGUCCUCUCCUCAGUCCCUCUCUCGUCCUGGUCCUCUCCUCCUGCUCCUCCUGGUCCUCUCCUUGCCGCUGCCCUCUCUCCUCCUGCUCCUCCUGGUCCUCUCCCCUUGUCCCUCUCUCCUCCUGCUCCUCCUGGUCCUCUCCUCAGUCCCUCUCUCGUCCUGGUCCUCUCCUCCUGCUCCUGCUGGUCCUCUCCCCAGUCCCUCUCUCGUCCUGGUCCUCUCCUCCUGCUCCUCCUGGUCCUCUCCUUGCCGCUGCCCUCUCUCCUCCUGCUCCUCCUGGUCCUCUCCCCCUGUCCCUCUCUCCUCCUGCUCCUCCUGGUCCUCUCCCCCUGUCCCUCUCUCCUCCUGCUCCUCCUGGUCCUCUCCCCUUGUCCCUCUCUCCUCCUGCUCCUCCUGGUCCUCUCCUCAGUCCCUCUCUCGUCCUGGUCCUCUCCUCCUGCUCCUCCUGGUCCUCUCCCCAGUCCCUCUCUCGUCCUGGUCCUCUCCUCCUGCUCCUCCUGGUCCUCUCCUUGCCGCUGCCCUCUCUCCUCCUGCUCCUCCUGGUCCUCUCCCCUUGUCCCUCUCUCCUCCUGCUCCUCCUGGUCCUCUCCUCAGUCCCUCUCUCGUCCUGGUCCUCUCCUCCUGCUCCUCCUGGUCCUCUCCUCAGUCCCUCUCUCGUCCUGGUCCUCUCCUCCUGCUCCUCCUGGUCCUCUCCUUGCCGCUGCCCUCUCUCCUCCUGCUCCUCCUGGUCCUCUCCCCUUGUCCCUCUCUCCUCCUGCUCCUCCUGGUCCUCUCCUCAGUCCCUCUCUCGUCCUGGUCCUCUCCUCCUGCUCCUCCUGGUCCUCUCCCCAGUCCCUCUCUCGUCCUGGUCCUCUCCUCCUGCUCCUCCUGGUCCUCUCCUUGCCGCUGCCCUCUCUCCUCCUGCUCCUCCUGGUCCUCUCCCCUUGUCCCUCUCUCCUCCUGCUCCUCCUGGUCCUCUCCUCAGUCCCUCUCUCGUCCUGGUCCUCUCCUCCUGCUCCUCCUGGUCCUCUCCCCAGUCCCUCUCUCGUCCUGGUCCUCUCCUCCUGCUCCUCCUGGUCCUCUCCUUGCCGCUGCCCUCUCUCCUCCUGCUCCUCCUGGUCCUCUCCCCCUGUCCCUCUCUCCUCCUGCUCCUCCUGGUCCUCUCCCCCUGUCCCUCUCUCCUCCUGCUUCUCCUGGUCCUCUCCCCUUGUCCCUCUCUCCUCCUGCUCCUCCUGGUCCUCUCCUCAGUCCCUCUCUCGUCCUGGUCCUCUCCUCCUGCCCCUCCUGGUCCUCUCCCCAGUCCCUCUCUCGUCCUGGUCCUCUCCUCCUGCUCCUCCUGGUCCUCUCCUUGCCGCUGCCCUCUCUCCUCCUGCUCCUCCUGGUCCUCUCCCCUUGUCCCUCUCUCCUCCUGCUCCUCCUGGUCCUCUCCUCAGUCCCUCUCUCGUCCUGGUCCUCUCCUCCUGCUCCUCCUGGUCCUCUCCUUGCCGCUGCCCUCUCUCCUCCUGCUCCUCCUGGUCCUCUCCCCUUGUCCCUCUCUCCUCCUGCUCCUCCUGGUCCUCUCCUCAGUCCCUCUCUCGUCCUGGUCCUCUCCUCCUGCUCCUCCUGGUCCUCUCCCCAGUCCCUCUCUCGUCCUGGUCCUCUCCUCCUGCUCCUCCUGGUCCUCUCCUUGCCGCUGCCCUCUCUCCUCCUGCUCCUCCUGGUCCUCUCCCCUUGUCCCUCUCUCCUCCUGCUCCUCCUGGUCCUCUCCUCAGUCCCUCUCUCGUCCUGGUCCUCUCCUCCUGCUCCUCCUGGUCCUCUCCCCAGUCCCUCUCUCGUCCUGGUCCUCUCCUCCUGCUCCUCCUGGUCCUCUCCUUGCCGCUGCCCUCUCUCCUCCUGCUCCUCCUGUCCUCUCCCCUUGUCCCUCUCUCCUCCUGCUCCUCCUGGUCCUCUCCUCAGUCCCUCUCUCGUCCUGGUCCUCUCCUCCUGCUGCUCCUGGUCCUCUCCUUGCCGCUGCCCUCUCUCCUCCUGCUCCUCCUGGUCCUCUCCCCUUGUCCCUCUCUCCUCCUGCUCCUCCUGGUCCUCUCCUCAGUCCCUCUCUCGUCCUGGUCCUCUCCUCCUGCUCCUCCUGGUCCUCUCCCCAGUCCCUCUCUCGUCCUGGUCCUCUCCUCCUGCUCCUCCUGGUCCUCUCCUUGCCGCUGCCCUCUCUCCUCCUGCUUCUCCUGGUCCUCUCCCCUUGUCCCUCUCUCCUCCUGCUCCUCCUGGUCCUCUCCUCAGUCCCUCUCUCGUCCUGGUCCUCUCCUCCUGCUCCUCCUGGUCCUCUCCCCAGUCCCUCUCUCGUCCUGGUCCUCUCCUCCUGCUCCUCCUGGUCCUCUCCUUGCCGCUGCCCUCUCUCCUCCUGCUCCUCCUGGUCCUCUCCCCCUGUCCCUCUCUCCUCCUGCUCCUCCUGGUCCUCUCCCCCUGUCCCUCUCUCCUCCUGCUUCUCCUGGUCCUCUCCCCUUGUCCCUCUCUCCUCCUGCUCCUCCUGGUCCUCUCCUCAGUCCCUCUCUCGUCCUGGUCCUCUCCUCCUGCUCCUCCUGGUCCUCUCCCCAGUCCCUCUCUCGUCCUGGUCCUCUCCUCCUGCUCCUCCUGGUCCUCUCCUUGCCGCUGCCCUCUCUCCUCCUGCUCCUCCUGGUCCUCUCCCCCUGUCCCUCUCUCCUCCUGCUCCUCCUGGUCCUCUCCCCCUGUCCCUCUCUCCUCCUGCUUCUCCUGGUCCUCUCCCCUUGUCCCUCUCUCCUCCUGCUCCUCCUGGUCCUCUCCUCAGUCCCUCUCUCGUCCUGGUCCUCUCCUCCUGCUCCUCCUGGUCCUCUCCCCAGUCCCUCUCUCGUCCUGGUCCUCUCCUCCUGCUCCUCCUGGUCCGCUCCUUGCCGCUGCCCUCUCUCCUCCUGCUCCUCCUGGUCCUCUCCCCUUGUCCCUCUCUCCUCCUGCUCCUCCUGGUCCUCUCCUCAGUCCCUCUCUCGUCCUGGUCCUCUCCUCCUGCUCCUCCUGGUCCUCUCCUUGCCGCUGCCCUCUCUCCUCCUGCUCCUCCUGGUCCUCUCCCCCUGUCCCUCUCUCCUCCUGCUCCUCCUGGUCCUCUCCCCCUGUCCCUCUCUCCUCCUGCUUCUCCUGGUCCUCUCCCCUUGUCCCUCUCUCCUCCUGCUCCUCCUGGUCCUCUCCUCAGUCCCUCUCUCGUCCUGGUCCUCUCCUCCUGCUCCUCCUGGUCCUCUCCCCAGUCCCUCUCUCGUCCUGGUCCUCUCCUCCUGCUCCUCCUGGUCCGCUCCUUGCCGCUGCCCUCUCUCCUCCUGCUCCUCCUGGUCCUCUCCCCUUGUCCCUCUCUCCUCCUGCUCCUCCUGGUCCUCUCCUCAGUCCCUCUCUCGUCCUGGUCCUCUCCUCCUGCUCCUCCUGGUCCUCUCCUUGCCGCUGCCCUCUCUCCUCCUGCUCCUCCUGGUCCUCUCCCCUUGUCCCUCUCUCCUCCUGCUCCUCCUGGUCCUCUCCUCAGUCCCUCUCUCGUCCUGGUCCUCUCCUCCUGCUCCUCCUGGUCCUCUCUCAGCCCCUCAUAACCCACAAAGACAUUUGAAAGAUUUGCCGCAGGAUCUGGCAACGCGGCGCAGAGAAGGACCUCCUUGUCUGCGCCGCAACAAGAGCCGCAACAAGAGCCGCAACAAGAGCCGCAACAAGAGCUGCUUUAUCCACAAAGAGAGAGUAUUAGAAUAA